GUUUUGUUAUCUGUCCAAUCAGAGACGAGACGCGAUUUUUGAAAUGUAACGUGGAAUGAAAUUUUCUAGAAGAGAAGGGAUUUGUAUUUAGCAUUUGAUAUAAGAAUAUUUUGUGGUGAUUGAAGUGUAAAGUAUUGACUUGACAAAAUAUGGAUUGGGUUGCUAGUGAAUGGAAACAAAAUUUGCCUCCUUUGGCAGUUCAAAAAAUCAAUUGCCUUGAAGAACAAGUUGAAAGAUUACAGAAGGAGAAACAACAAAAGCAGCUUCAAGUAGAAAGUUUGGGACAAAAUUUAGAUAUUCAAAAAAGAAAGUUAGAAGAACAAAAGUUGCAAAAGUUACAAGUAGAGAGAGAACAACAAUCUUUAAAUGAAACAAACUGUGAAUUGGAACAAAAACUACAGAAAAUGCAUCAAGAACUUAAUGUUAAAGAUUCAAAAAUAAAAUGUCUUGAAAAUCAUUUAGCACAAUCAAAAUUACAAAAAGAAAACAUGAAGUCGAAAGAGAAAGAAUCAACAAAUAUGGUUGAUAAAUUCACAAUGAGUGAUGAUUUGAUGGAAAUUGAUUCUAAAAAAGAAGAAAAAUUAGAUAAGGAAUUAAGUCAAUACCAGAAAUGUGAAACUCCCCAAAGUGGUAGUAAAUAUGGUUUUAAACAUUCUGAUCAAUUAGAAAAAUCAAGAAUUGAUAUUGAAUUGGCCAAUGAAAAAAUAAUGUGCUUAGAACAAAAGAUUAUUCAAUUAACCAAAGAAUUAGAAUGCCAAAGGCAUAAUUCAGAAGCAGUAAAAUUAACAAUUGAACAAAAAUUUAAAGAAAAGGAGAACAACUUUAAAGAUGAAAUAAAAAAUCAGACGCAAGCUUUGUAUGAUUUAGAAAAACAAUUCACAGAGACGAAAUCGAAGUUACAGCAAGAACUGACUUGUGCUCAAAAAAAUGUAGAUGCAUCUAACUUUCAACUGGAAAAAUUGGAAAAACAAAAAAAGUAA